AUGGAAAAUGGAAAUUUUGUUUCCAUCAAACAUGCUGUGAGCCGCCUGAACAAUCGUGCUUCGGACCGUAUUGGUGAAGUGGUUGGCAGAGUUGAGCCAAAUUUAUUGGACAGAAUAACAUUUGAAAGCGAAAAGCUCAAGGGGACGCAGAGUGAAACCUCAUCUAGACGAAAUAGCGAUGAUGGUGGAAGGGCAAGAAAGGAGGGGCUAAGACAAGAUGGUACCAGCUCAGAACCACCAACAGCUUAUAUCACAAAUACGAAUGCCUGGAAUGAUUUGGCCAGCUCCACGUCCACUACCAGAACUGAGUUAAGUGUUUCUGAUGCUGCCGAUGAACAGAUAUUGCGACGCCGUAGUCACGAUUUAACCCUCCCGGGGACUCCGCUGCACACCCGCAGUCAGUGGAAGUCUGCAGAUAGCCUAGUAUCGGAUUCGGCAUUUGGAACGUCACUAGCUAAUAUUAUUGAGAGUCCUGCUAAUAAGAUCACUCUCCGGGAAGACCUCCAUUCGAGAGGAAGUACAGAGGGGAAACCACGUCGUGGAUGGAGACUGGUCAGAAACGUGACUUCGGCGGCCAGCGCUUUCAUACCUAAACUGAGAGAUUCGGCUUUACCGGAGGCAGCGCCGCCAAAUCAUACGUCUACAUCAGAAAGCAAAGGUGCAGAUUAUCAGAGGGAUGAACCGCCACUGCCAAAUUAUCCAAAUGAAAAAGAGGAAAACGUGGGGGAAACUAGCCUUGAUGGCCUUGAUCCAGAUUCUCUAAUGUUUCGAGAUGGAAGAAGAAGAAUAGACAUGGUUUUAGCUUAUGAGGAGGAAGAUUUUGGGGUUAUGACUGAGGCUGAGGCAAGGAAACGAGAACAUAGGAGGACUUUCCAGGAAAACCUCAUCAAAGAAGGCCUGGAAUUAGAACUGGAGAACAAAUGCUUGUCUUUCGAUGGCAAAACUUGGUUCCUAAAGAUCCACAUUCCUUGGAAAACAGAGAUGAGACUCGCUGAAGUUAUUGGCAUGAAACUACCCACAAAACGAUUUAUUACAAUCUCUGUUAGGGCUUGGAGUGAAGAGAAGUUAGCAGAGAAUGACAAGAAGUUUUAUUCAAAAUGGCGUCGAAAAUGGAAGCAGUUAUAUGAAUACGAACACAGCAGAAUCGAGUCUGACCCCUCUUUCUUCACAGCCACAGAACGACCAGGCGUAAGAAGAGAAGAACAGUUCCUAGUAAAGGACAGACACACACAGUUCUCACCAGCUCAAAGGAGUUUGCUGGUGAUGCAGAUAUUGCUUAGAGCUCGGUAUGAUAACAAUGAGACAAAGAUGGGUAUAAGACGGUUGCUUAACGAUGGAACAUAUUUAGCCUGUUUCCCAUUACAUGAAGGGAGGUACAACGCGGAUAAUCUCGAUAAAACACAGACUGACAGACGGCUCCUUUACUUGGAAUGGGCAAGACCCUGCAAGUGGUACAAGAAACAACCCUUGUGGUUGGUUCGGAGGUAUUUUGGUGAAAAGAUAGCGUUAUAUUUUUGCUGGCUGGGCUUCUACACGAAGAUGCUGUACGCGCCAGCCAUAGUUGGUACAUUGUGCUUCCUGUACGGACUGGCUAGCAUGGAUUCCGGAGACAAUAUACCUAGUAAAGAAAUAUGUGACACCAAAGGACCAGGCAACACGACCCUAUGCCCGCUUUGCGAUAAAGCUUGCCAGUAUCAGAAUCUAUCAGAUUCUUGCCUUUUCGCCAAACUAAGUUACCUCUUCGACAACCCAGCCACCGUCUUCUUUGCUAUAUUCAUGUCGUUUUGGGCGACAACAUUCCUCGAAUUAUGGAAAAGGAAGCAGUCAGUUUUGCGAUGGGAAUGGGAUUUGGGUGGCGUCGACCAGGAUGAAGAUAUCCGACCCGAGUUUGAAACAUCAGUGAAGACAUUCCGCACAAACCCAGUGACGAGGGAAAAGGAGCCAUUUCUGCCACCUUGGCAGAAGACGAUGAGAUAUGUCGCCACAAGCUCUGCUGUAUUGUUUAUGAUAACAGUCGUCAUGGGCGCAGUUCUGGGCACAAUAAUUUACAGGAUAUCAAUGGUAUCCGUGAUCUAUGGCGGUAGCGGCUUCUUCCUCAAGAAGCACGCGAAAAUCUUCACCGCGAUGACUGCUGCGUUGAUCAACUUGUUCAUCAUCAUGAUUCUCACGAGGAUAUAUGCCAAAAUAGCCGUCUACCUAACGAACAUAGAAAACCCGCGGACACAAACGGAGUACGAGGAUUCUUAUACCUUCAAGAUUUUCUUCUUUGAAUUCAUCAAUUUCUAUUCGUCCCUUAUCUACAUCGCGUUCUUCAAGGGUCGGUUUUACGACUACCCCGGAGACGACCAAGCGAGAAAGUCAGAGUUCUUCAAGCUGAAAGGGGACAUUUGUGAUCCAGCCGGGUGUCUGUCGGAACUGUGCAUACAGUUGGCCAUCAUCAUGAUCGGAAAGCAGUGCUUCAAUAACUUCGUCGAAUUGGGAUACCCAAAGCUUCACAACUGGUGGCGUCAAAGGUCUCACAGAGCAGUGACGAGGGACCCCAGCAAACCUCACAUGGCUUGGGAGCAAGACUACCACCUCCAGGACCCUGGGAGAUUGGCGCUUUUCGACGAGUAUUUAGAAAUGAUUCUUCAGUACGGAUUUGUAACUUUAUUCGUCGCGGCGUUUCCCCUGGCGCCACUGUUCGCCCUUCUCAACAACAUUGCCGAAAUUAGGCUGGAUGCGUACAAAAUGGUCACCCAGGCGAGGCGACCUCUAGCGGAGAGGGUGGAAGACAUUGGCGCUUGGUACGGAAUAUUGAGGGGAAUAACUUACGCGGCUGUUGUUUCUAAUGCGUUCGUCAUAGCGUACACGAGCGAUUUUAUACCGCGCAUGGUCUAUAAAUAUGUAUAUUCUCCUGACCAUACACUCUCUGGUUAUAUCGACCAUUCGCUAUCAUUAUUCAAUACAUCAGACUACCGUGAAGAUUGGGGGGCAGACGAGAACGAGGUGGACCCACCAACGUGUGCGUACAGGGGGUACAGAAACCCACCGGAUCACUCGGACCCUUAUGGCUUGUCACCACAUUACUGGCACGUCUUCGCUGCUAGACUUGCAUUCGUUGUUGUCUUCGAGCACGUGGUGUUCGGUCUGACAGGGCUGAUGCAACUCUUCAUACCAGAUGUGCCAACGGAACUAAAGACGCAGAUACAACGCGAAGCCCUAUUAGCCAAGGAGGCGAAGUACGAGCAUGGACGACGGCGCCUCAGUACCGAAUACCGGCAGCUGAUUAGCCAGAAAAGUGACAACAAUCCUGAACGCCAAGGCCCAUGGAUGAGGCGAACAUCCCGCGCUUCGGAUGGACUUGACGCGCACGUCGCAGUCGCGCAGCGGCCAUCUUCGCCACAGAUAACAGAUUGA